AUGGACACCUAUGUAGCAUUUACGGAGAUUCCUGGGUGGACGGCCGACACAAGCGGCGUCACUCUUCGCAUCAAGGCGCGAGUGGUGAUGCGUAUCUGGCAGCCUGAUCAAGACAUCGAGCCCCAAUUGAUCUCGCACUUUUGCCGCCAGACGAUUUCUUCUUCCGACCACGUCACUACCGAGCACGCUCACUUCACCAUCCCCCAACCCUACUGCCACAUCAGCCAUCACCCCACCUGGGAGGAGCAGACGCAACGGAUGUUAUCUUACGUCGCAGCAAAUCACGUGCGCCCUACCGACCUCGACCUUCUCUCGCUUGCUUUCCGCAGAUACACCUACGCGGUGCUAGGCCAAUUUCCGAUCACGACGCUGGUAGCCGUUAUGGAGUUCUUCUCCGUCGUUGAAAUCCCAUUUACUCCUUCCGCGUCUGCCAGCCAACUUCAUUACUCGCUGCCUCGGGAGACCUAUGAAUAUUUUUUUGGGGUUGAGAUCACCCAGUACAAUAGAGGGCCGAGGCCGGCGUCCCCAGCUACGGUGGAGGGACUCCAGAUGGUAACUAAGAUGGGAGAAGAUAGCUCGUGUUCCAUCUGCCUUGACGAUUUCGAGGUGAUGACUCAGGCUCUGGCAAUGCCCUGCGGCCAUUCAUUUCACGAAGGAUGUCUGAAGGAGUGGUUGCGGCGGAAAAAUUCUUGCCCCCUCUGUAGAUUUUCAAUGCUUCCGACCACAGAGUAG